AUGCAGAGACAGAGAACUGAGCAGAAGGUUGCCGAUCAACAGGGCGAUGGGAAUUUCAAUCAAAAUAUCAAUCUCAAUGAUAAUUUAGCGACGAUCUCCACGGAGUGUCAAGCGGACCUAUCAAAUCUUGUGGCUAUUCCGGGACAAAUAUUUAACAGCAUUUUCGGAACGAUAUUAGGAACCAGCCGAAACUCUCUAUCCAAUCCCGACGCUGCUGGCAACGAUAGUCCAGCACCACCGACGCCGAUCUCGUCCGACUCAACACAGAAAAUUGCCGACAAACAGGGCGACGGGAACUACAAUCAAAACAUCAAUUUGCACGACAACAAAGGAUCUCUGAACCUGUCCAGUAGCGGUCGCGUGAGCGAAGCGAACUAUGGCAACGAACAGGUCGCCCGGUGGAAA